AUGCAUAGUGUGCAUAGCCGACAUGAGCGUAAAUUGAUCCUACUGAAUAGGCUCAAUCAACCUAUUGGUCCUACUGAAGAUGUUGUAAUAGAGUUUGGUAGCUUCCUCGGUACAUUAGCGAGGACUGCGACCCUUUGCCCAUUUGAUAUACUUUAUUGGAGGAAAAUGGACACAAAAGAUGAUUUAUGGACAUAUACUAAGGAGAAAUAUGAUAUUCCUGAAGCUGGCAAAAACUGGACUUUGAAAGCAAUUCAUGCUGCUUGGAGAAGGCAUAAAAGUGACUUGAAGAAACUUUGUUACAAACCAAAAGUCACUGAUGAAAUCAUAAUGGCAAAAAGGCCAGGUCAUAUUCUGGAAUGUCAAUUUAAAGAGCUCCUUGAAUAUUGGAUGUCUGAAAAAUUCCAGUAUCGCUACUGCUACUACUUUCUUUUUUCUUGUAAUUUCUCUUCUUAUCUUCUUGUCUCUGUUGCAAUCUUUAUGUGUCAUGGAUAUAGUAGGUGGAAACAAGAGACCACUUGUUCUGUGAAUGAAAAAACCAAGGGAAAUGUAUCACGUAAGGAGAUCUUUGUGGAAAAGCAAGGAAACCCGGGCGCUUGUACAAGGAGUCAAAUGAAGACACAACUAGCUGAAAUGGAGGAAAUUGAAACACAACUAAGCGCAGAUGGUAGUCAGCCUGUUGAUGCAUACUCAGCCGUUAUGGGUCCAGAACAUCCGGGACGUCUAAGACUAUAUGGACGGGGGGUUACAAAGACUUCUUUGAAAGGAAAAGCUGGAACUUCUGAACCAACUUCAAAUGCCACAAAUGAUGUAGAGCAAGAAAUGCAAGAAAGGAUCCAAAAAAUGGAGGAACAAAUGGAGGAACAAAAGAGAACUAUGCGAGCAGAAGUUACUGCAGACAUUACUGCAAAAGUAAUUGAAAAACUCCAACGUGCAGGAUUAAUUAGUCCAGACAUGCUAGUAGCAUUGUGUGCUCCUUCACCGGGAGAAGCUACGUCUGCACCACAAGCAGAUAGCAACAAUUAA